AUGGAGCAGAACCGAAGCUCUAGAAGGACGAUGCGGUCUGCAUCUACCGCUGCCGCUCCUGCAGAAGAACCAGAUAACUUCGAACGACACAAUAUCCCCCCUACCGAUUACGGCGAGUGGCGUGCCCAUGGCCGAGUGGUCCUUGGACCAGGCAACCUUUUCCACCCUUUCUCCCGGUCCCCCAUCCCCGAGAUCCGGCAAAGAGCGCGGUUCAUGAAGCAGCAUGCAUUGUGUCCACAUCCAGUCCAUCAACAGACUCGCGUGCCGACUUCACCCCACGACCCCGAAGCGAGGAAAAUCGAAGGCGUGAGCACGGAGCCUCCUGCUCACGUCUCCUUCGAGUGCCCGGACUGCGGCAUCGCGACGUACUGCUCGGAGGAACACUGGGCAGAUGACUUUGAGGCGCACCUGGAAAUAUGUGAUACGCUGAGACAAAUCAACGAGGAUGACCACGAUUUGAGAUCGGGACGAUGGUUUCCCGAGUUCGAGUAUCCCGGGCCGCAGAUGGAUGAAGCCUUAGUGAAUAUGACCAAUUGGGAUACCUUUCUCUACACGCGACAGUUUGAAGCGGUAAACGACGAGAGGAGCAUGCGACAAGUCACAAAGUUGCUGACUUAUCCCCUCACUAUUGGGAGUGUUUUGCAUGAGCUGAGCCCAUACAAUAUCAGGCCUGGCGGGAGGUUGACUCCAGAGGGACUGAAGAGUUUAUCAGCACUCCGGUACACCUUGCAUCCACCCAAGACCGGCCAAGGCAAAGACAUCAAAGGACUUAGGUUGUCGAGUCCGCCCGUCCGGAUAUUCGUCCUAGGUGCACGAGCCGAAUCAUCUCUACCUCGCGAAGUGUGGACGCAGUUGUCGUACCUUUUCCCCCAGUCCCUCAUACAUCUCAUAUUCAUUGGACCCGAGUCCAUGAUGAAUCGCGACGCCGAGUUUCCUUUGCCAGAGAGGACAUCUCAGAAUCCAUUUGGUGCCAUCGUUGAAGACCGUGUUUCGCCAAAGAUGAAAAUCACCACCUAUGUGGACUAUUUUCACACUCUGCACGAAGCAAAUGCAUUCUAUCCUUAUGACCCGUAUUUCGACUGCUUCAUGUUGUUCCACCCUGGCCUAGGACACCCCGCCUCUUCAUUGGAGUGGGAAAACACUCUGCCUCGCCUGUUGGAGACCAAAAUCCCUGUCUUGUGCACAGGUUAUACAGAGUGGGAUAUGACUCGCGACUGGCAGUGGGUCAUGGAGAAAUGCGCGGGCGAAGUCGACCUCCUCAUGGAACCUGGGGAGAACAGAUUCCGCUCUUUGAGAUGGGACUUGAAUGAUCUUGACCCCCAGGACAUUAGUUGUGGCAACUGGGGUGUGUGGGCUUUCAGAGGCAAGAGGUACGAAGCUACUCGUCGCGACCUGACUUGA